AUGGACGCCGAGUCCAUCGUCUCGCAGGUCCAGCGCAGGAUCGAGCUCCAGUCCCCCGACGACCUGGCCUACCUGCUCGCCAACGUGCGCCGCGCCGCCGCCGCGCGCCUCGACGAGGCCUUCCCCCACGUCGACGGCGGCGACGGCGACGACGACGAUGGGCUGCGCAACCAAAUCGCCGCCCUGGUCGACGAGUACAUUGACAAGACCUUCACCCUCGCCGCCCCAAACCUCUCCAUAAACGGCCUCGCCGUGCCCGACCACCAGCUCCGCACCACCACCUCCUCAUCCGGCCCCUCACCCCCCUCAGCCGUCUACGAGCCCUUUGACGCGCGCAAGCGCCACCGCGUCGCAGACCUCAUCGCCGCCGAGGAGAAGCUGCUCGAGGAGGUGGCCGCCCUGAAGCGCGCCGUCCCCGCCGCCGCCGCCGCCGACCACGCCGCCCGCGUCCGCGACGCCACCGCCCGCGACGACGCCCUCGUCGACCAGCGCCUCGCCCGCGAGGCUGCCGAUGCCGCCGCCGCCGCCGCCGCCCUGUCCGUGCCGGACCUCGAGAGGCAGCAUGCUGUCGAGGCCGGCUUUCGCGGCGCCGUCGAUGUCCUCGGGAGGUUGAAGAGGGACAUGCCCGCCGUUGUCGCCAAGAUGGAGAGGGCCCGGGUCGCGGGGGAAUAUGUCAUUACCGAGGGGAGGUAG